CGGCGCGGCGCCGCGCGGGCCAUGUCGCGCCGCGAGCCGCUGCGACUGGCGUGGAGGGCGUCCUGUGGGCGGCUGCGCCUGCGGGCGCGCUCGCUGCCUUCGUCGGCUGGCGCCAGGGCCGCGGAGGCCCCCGGCGAAGCAGGCGGCCCAGAGGCGGCGGCGGCGGCUGCCUCAAGGUUUGCCCAGCGGCUGCGGCGGAGCCUGGACGAGCGCGUGGCCGGCCACGGGGAGGCCAAGGAGGCGCUGGUGUUGGCGGUGCUCGCCAGGGAGCACGUGCUCCUGGAGGGCCCCCCCGGUGUCGCGAAGACGCUGCUCGCGGAGGAGCUGGCACGAGCCGCGGGCGCCGCGCCCCUCACCGUGCAGCUCCACCGAGACACGCGCGCUGAGGAACUGACGUCGAGCGGGGGCGUGCUGCGGCGCGAGCCGCUGUCAGGCGGAGGCGAGGCGAUCAGGCACGAGGCGCAGGCAGGCGGCGUUCUCGGCGCUGACGUGUGCGUGCUCGACGACGUCACGCGCGCUCCCGGCGAGGCCCUGUCGGCGCUCCUGCGGGCGCUGGGCAGCGGCCGGGCAGUCGGGCAGGCUGCGGGGCCGCGCCUUCCGCUCCACACGGCCGUCGCCACGGCCAGCUGGCUGGACGACAGCGAGGCCUCGCCGCCCGGCGCCGCCCACCACACAGAGGCGCCGGACCCCUCGCUUCUGGACCGCUUCGCGCUGCAGGUCCGACUCCGCGGCGUGGCGCUGAGGCGCCGCUGGCGCGAGGCCGGGCGGGUCAGCGGUCGCGCGGCGCGCCGCCGCAGCGCCGCCGCGGCGAGGCCGCACGCCGCAGCCCAGCUGGCGGGGGCCGCGGGCGCCGCGGAGCGCGUGCGGGUGCCCCCGCAGGUGCAGGGCCUGCUCCUGCUGGCGGUGCAGCAGCUGCGCUCCCUCUGCCUGCGCGCGGUGCCUGGCCAGGCCCCGGCCGCGCCGGCGCUGCUCUCCGACCGCACGUUCCUGAUCAAGGCGCUGCGCCUGAUGCGCGCGGGUGCCGCGGCCGCGGGCAGGGCCGCCUGCGAGGCAGAGGACCUCCUGGUCCUGCGCUUCCUCACUGCCUUCCGGGUGCCCCCCGAGGUGCACGGCCGCAUCGAGGACAUCCUCCAGGGCCUCGUCGCGGCCGCGUCCGAGGAGGCGGCCGAGGAGAGCCCCGACUUCCGCGCGAAGCAGGACGCCGACGCCGAGCAGGCAGGGGAGGAGAGGGAGGCUGGCCUGGAGGACGCGCCAUCGAUGAGGGACGGCAGGCCAGAGGAACCCCGCCAAGAGGCGGCGCCUCCGCUCGAGGGCGCGGAGCAGCACGACGGGGCGCAGGCUCAGCAGCAGCAGCAGGCUGCCGAAGGCGCGCUGGAGGGGGAGCCAGAGGCGUCCGCGGACAAGGACGACGACUCCAGCUCCAAGGGGCUGUCGGGGCAGGGCCCCCGCGCCGCGGGCGGCACCAAGGCCAGCGGGGACGACGUGCUCAACGCCGCGGGCCUGGAGGCGCCCGACGAGGACGCCGUGGAGGCCAACAUGAAGGCGCUCGACGUCGACGAGCUGAGCGUCAGGAACAUCGACCUGCUGCUGGCGAAGGUGGCCGGGGUUAUCGACCGGGGCCGCUCGCAGCUCGCGGAGCACCCCGGCGGCUCCCCGAGGCGGUGGCGCUCCUGGGACCCGCGCGACGCGGGCGAGCUCUCCGACCUGGACGCCGCCGAGCUCCACCGCUGGGCGGGCAACCCGUCGCCGGCGGCCUGGCCGCGCGCGCGGCAGCGGAUGCGGCGGGACCGCGGCGGGCUGGUGGCGGUGUGCCGGGACGUCUCCAUGAGCAUGGCGGGCGUGCACGCUACGUGGUGCGCGCGCGUCACGCUGGGCCUGCUGGAGGAGGCGCGGCACCGGCACAUGAAGUUCGGCUACGUCGAGUUCAACCACCGCUCCCGCCGCUACUACGGCGACGGCGGCGCCUUCUUCAGCUACGACUACGGGCCCCUCUCGGACCUAGCCAUGAACCUGCGCUGCAGCGGCUGGACCAACUACGAGCGACCUCUCGCCGACGUGCUCUUCGAGUUCGAGCGCGAUCCGCUCUCGAGGGCCAGCAGCCGGGACGCACCCCAGCGGCACGUGCUGCUGAUCACCGACGGCGUCCCCACCCACGGGGACGCGGAGGCCGAGGAGCAGCGCGCCGCGGCCGUGCGGCUGGGCGUGGUGGUGCACUCCGUGUACCUGGGCUGGCCAACGUCGUUCCCCGCGGCCCUCCAGCGGAUCAGCAGCGACACGGGAGGCGUGCAGUUCGCCGCCUUCUACCAUCGGGGCCAGAGCGCAGGCAGGAGCCCAUCGGCGGGGCCCAGGCCCAGGCGCCGAGGGCGAGGCCCAGGCCGCGCGCGCCCGUCGGCGUGGGGCUCGACAGCGGGUCCAUCUGCGUGGUGGAGAGGUGAGGCCCAGAGGGCUUCAUCCUGCUCCUCCUCCCCCUCCUCCUCAUCAUCCUCCUCCUCUUUUAUCUCGUCCUCCUUCUCCUCUUCCUCCAAGCUGCCGCUUCGGUUUGACCAGCUGCGCAGCACAUCAGGCCAAUGAACCAUCCCCUCCGGCCUGUUACAUUCCUGACACUAGCUGGGGCCCUCGGACUAGCCAGGAUUGAUGGCGUCUCGUAUACUAUCA